AUGGCUGAAGAACAACCACAAAACGAUACUUUGACUGUGAAUGUCAGUGUGAAAGGCGCUAAGCCUAUCGAACUGUCCUUGUUCAAGACAGAAACCGUCAAUGACGUCUAUCAACACAUUGGUGUCGUUCCAGAAGCUCAUCAUAUCACAAGCUUUGAUCUUUUCCAACAAUCCCAACUCUUAACCCCAGAGACAUUAUUGGCUGACUUAGUCUCAAGUGUCCAACAAAAAUCUAUUCAAUUAGAUUUGAAACCAAAGACCUACACUGCCAAGUCUAUCUUAGAUCAUGUUGCUAAAACUAGAGAUAUUGUUGGUUUAAAUGAACCUGAAACUUUUGGUUUAAAUUCCGGUGUUUCUAAAAUUAAUGAUUUGAAGUUAGGUAAAAUAUUGGAAAACACUGUUGAAUCUGAAAAAGAAGAAGAAGUUUUAAAAGAAACUGCCAAUGGCGAAGAAUCAAAAGCUAAGGAAGGUGAAGAAGAAAAGCCAAAAGCUAAAGAACUUCCAAAACCAACCGCUGAUGAAGAACUUGAAAUUACUCAAGCUAUUGAUAAUUAUUUUGGUGAACUAAAUGCUGAUUAUUACACUCCAGAAACAAUUGUCACUCCUGCUGUUCGUGCUUUACAUUUGAGCUCUUGGAAUCCUGUCCCAUUAAACUACAAGUCACAAGGUCAUUUAGCUUAUAUUGUUGUACAAACAUUUGAAAGUGAAACUUUACAUGUCACAGGUUCAACAACCGGUUUUUUCAUUAAUAAAUCAUCAAGUUCAAGAUUUGAUCCAUCUCCUCGUGAAAAUUCAAAUCAAUCAUUCACAUUGUAUGACCUGAUUUCUAAAUCAUCCAAGAACUUUUUAAACAUAAUUAAAGGAAAUACUGAUAGAUUGAAUUCAAUCGAUCCAAUCACCUUUUUAAGACCUCAAACUGGAUUCUUAGCAAACCCAUGGAUUACUAAAGCUUCAAAUCCAUCUCCAGAUUUUGGUAAAACACAAUUUGAAGACAACACUCAAAGAGAUUUCAAUGAUGAAUAUCAAUCAAUUAAAGAUUUCCCAACUGCCACUUUAUCAGAUCGUAUCAUUAGAGAACGUUUAUUAACUAAAACUGCUUAUGAGUUCACUUCAAAUGCUGUUAAAGGUGCUUUGGCUGUUUUAACUGGUGCUAUUGCCCCAAUGAACCCAACUGAUGAUUCAAUUGAUCAAAUCUUUUUACACAACGGUAUUUUUUUCUCAUUUGGUGUUGAUGCUUCAGGAUUCUUUGAAACAAGAGGUGGUAAUUUAGCUGCUAGAGCUUCCACCAACCAAGAUUUAAAAGCUAUUAAAUUCUGGAACUCUGUUGAUGCUAAAGGUAUUUACACUUUAUUGACUACUAUUGUUGAUUAUGCUGGUAAAAGAGUUGUCUGUCAAACUCCAGUCCCAGGUCUGUUCACCUCAUCUGAACCAAAAGAAGUUAAAAAUGAAGAAACUGGUGAAGUUGAAUUAAUCGAUGGUGAACCAUUAACCAAAAUUGAUUAUGGUUUCGAUGAUGCUUCAGGUACUUACAAAUCAAACGAUGAAUUUGUUAAUGCUUUAGAUCCAAUCAGAAAGGCUAUCCAUUACAAACGUGUUAAAGUUGAAAAUGGUGAUGGUGAAACUGUUACAAAUGCCGAAAUUAAAGGUAUGUACGGUACUGACAGACGUAAAUAUGUUUUGGAUUUAUUCAACACCACUCCAUUAGAUGUUGAAUUCAAAGAUGAACAUUAUCACCCUGAAAAAGAAGGUUCAUACCCACAUAGACAACUUACUACCAGAAUUGAAGCUGUCCAAGAAUGGUUUGCUACUAAAGGUAGGGAAUUGAUCAACAAAGAAGCUGAAAAACAAGGUGUUGACCUUUCAAAGAAAUCAGAAGAAGGUGAAGAAAAUCCAAAAUUGGUCAUUGAUGAUGAACCAAUCUUAUUCACUCCUGACAAAUGUCAAACUGAUGAAAAUGUUCGUGCUUUAUCAAAAUUCAUUAAAUCUGAUCUGAUCCCAUCAUUCUUGGAUUCUUUUGAUUCAUUAGGUAACAUCUUACCAAUUGAUGGUGCACAUUUAUCUUCAACAAUGCAUAAAUCAGGUAUUAAUAUUAGAUACUUGGGUUAUAUUGCUCAAGAGCUUGAAAAAAGAGUUAAAUCUUCAUUAGAAUCCGAAGAAAAAACUUUGAUUGAAAAUAAAGAAGCCAGUGAAGCUUAUGAAAAGAAAUUAGAAGAAUUGAAGAAGAAAACUGAAGCUAAAUUGAAAGCUAAGACCGAAGCUUUACAAAGAGGUGAAGAGGUUCCAAAAGAUGAUGACAAAGAUGAAGAGAAACUUGAUGAUGAAGAAGAAGAUACAGAUGCUUAUCCAGUUGCUGAAUCUAAACACUUCCAAUACUUUUAUGAAAUUGUUAUUCAAGAAUUAAUUGCACGUGCUGCUAAACACGUCUUGAGGGAUCAAGCAUUAUCACUACCAUUAGAUUUGGUUCCAGCUUUAGUUUCACAUUUCCACAAUUGUUUACUUGGUUCAUCAUUUAACCAAACACCACAAGCCAUCAUUGAACAAUCUGAUUUCUAUAACGAAAAAGACUUAUCUUUCACUAAAUGGACCCCAGAAAUUGUUCGUGAACUUAUUUUUAAAGAUGUCCAAGUCUGGUAUAGAUAUGAUUUACCAGAAAACUGGGAUGCCAAAUUUGUCAAACCUGUUCAAUUACAAAGAGAAAUUGCUUUGAAAUUCGGUAUUCAAUGGCAACAACGUGAAUAUUUCUUUACCAAAGAAGCUUAUGAAGCACAUGUUCAAGUUUUAACUAAAGAAAAGAAAUCAAAGAGAAGUAGAUCCGUUUCUCCACCUGCUUCAUCUGAGAAAUUGAAUGUGUUUGAAGCACAAGAUGUUUCAUUGGCACCAAUCAUUAAAGAUUCAAUUCCUCGUUCUACAGCGGGUGAACAAAUUUUUGAACUUGGUCGUCAAUCAUUAUUACAAGCAGAUGAAUCUAAGAAAGAAGAAGGUUUAGCUUUGAUUUCUGAAGCAAUUGCUGUGUAUGAACAAGUAUACGGUCAAGUUCAUCCAGAAGUUGCCAAAUUAUAUGCUACUUUAGCUCAAUUAUAUCAAGAAUUAGGUUUGAAACGUGAAGCUACUUUACUUUCACGCAGAAGUGUUGCUGUUAGUGAAAGAACUUUUGGUUUAGAUUCACAUGAUACAUUUGUUGCUUUAUUAAACUUGGCCUUCUUGGAAAUUGAAAAUGGUAGUGUUGUUAAUAUGGUUAAAAUUUAUGGUUUAUUAACUAGAAUCUGGGGUACAAUUUUCUCCACUCAACAUGUUUCACUUUCUUCAAUUGUCACUAAUGUUAUCUUUUAUUUAGAAAGAAUUGGUUUAAAUAAGGUUUCUUUGAAAUUAUUGAACAAAUUGAUAGAUUUAACUAUUAAAAUUCAUGGUAAAGAUUCAUAUGCCUAUGGUUUCUUAAAAUACCGUUAUUCAUAUGCUCUUGCUGUUGAUGAAAAAUUCAAAUUGGCUUUAGAUUCUGCUUCUGAAGCUUAUGGUGCAUUGAAAAUAUCCAUUGGUCCAAAACAUUAUUUGACUAAACAAGCUAAAUUAUUAGUUGAUAACUUUACAGCUUAUCAGCGUGUUCAAAGUCAAAAUGAAAAAAUCACCAAACAAAGAAUGAAAGAAUUAGCCAAAAAGAAUCAAGCUGAAGCACAAACUCAAACCGUUGGUAAAUCAAACAAAUCAAUCAAAACAAAGAAAGAGUUCGAAUCAAAGAGUGUUGAUGAAGUUUUAGCUUUUGUUAAUGGCCAAGCUGGUUCAAGUAAAAAAAACAAAAAGAAAAACAAAAAAUAG